AUGCACGUCCUCAGCACCCUUUCCAUCCUUCCAUCCGUCGCUCUCGGUGCCGUUCUGCCUGCUGCUCUGCAAAGUUCCACCAAGGUCGCCAAGCGGGACUCCUGGGGAGGCAGUGUCUCGUUGGGUCCGACCAAGUCCGACAUUAUCAACGCUGUCACCACAAUCAUUCCCGGAGUCGCUCCCUCCACCCAGAAUGGCGAGCUAUUCCUCUGGCCAGGAAUGAGCAACGGAACUGGCGACCUCAUCCAGACCACGCUCGAAAGCUGGCCUAGCAACUCCUGGUGCGGUGCCACCACGGGCCAGUGGUGUGUGCGCGCCAGUAUCUUUGGCUCGUUUGGACAACUGGAUGGUACUGGCUCGCCCGUUAGUGCCAACGACCAUGUUCGUAUCGAGUACAACCUCGCUUCGGAUGGCGAGACCUGGACCCAGAAUGUCACCAAUGCUUUGACGGGUGCUGCUUUGUCCAGCUACUCUUAUGCUGCUGGUCCCUACAUGACUGGAUAUGGCACUGGCACCGAAUGCGACAGCGACUGCACCGGCACGGUAGCAGACCAGCUGUAUCUCAACACCACCAUCACCCUGCGAGAGGCGGACACCAGUUUCGGCGACACCAUCGCAACCGGCGCGGGCGCCACAUACACCGGUCUGACCUCCAGCGAAGGCGGCAAGGUCUGGAACAUCGCCACUAUCAGCAUUCCUGCCAUGGGCUCUCAGACCGCCGUCGCUUCGUCCACUGCGUCUGUGGCUACCCACACGACCCCUACCCCUUCAGCUGCUGGUAAUGUUUCUACUGAUGAGGCGACUGGCCCAGCUGCUGCCUCGGCCACUCAGGAAUCCGUCUCAGUGCCGUCCAUUGCUCCUUCGGUCGCUGGAUCCGGUGCCGCUCCCACUCAAUUCAGCUCCGGCUCUGGUUUCAAGCCUGGCGCUGGCUCCGGAUUUGGCUUUGCGCCGUUCCCUUCUGGAUCUUCCCGUGGAUCGCACUCGAACCCCCAGUCUGGUGCUCAGUCGGGCUCAAAGGCUGGCUCUGGAUCCGAGCCUGGAGAUGACAAUGAGCCCUGCCCUGAGUGGUGA